GAAAUCAAAACAAAACUAUAAACAAUACCAACAAAAAUGUCUUCUCCAUAUCCUUAUGAUUAUUUUCGUUCAUGGAUGGAUAAACCGAGAUACAAUCCUGAGACAGGCAAACUUACAGAAGAGUUCAAAGAAGGUCUUAGGCAAUUCAUGUUAUUCGCAUCAAACCAGGACAUAACGCUACAAACAGGUAUUAUGUUAUGUCCUUGUCCAAAUUGUCGGAAUUAUAGAAAUCUCGAGGUAGCUUUAGUAAAGAAGCACUUGUUUAAGAAUGGAUUUAUGCCGGGUUAUAAGAUAUGGUAUUCGCAUGGAGAGAGUGAGUCAAUGCUAGAUUAUGGUAGUACUAGUCAACAUUAUCUUUCGGAUAGUGUAGAGGAACCACCAACGGAAGUAGACGUAGGUACAUUUCAGAUGGUGAAUGAUGCGUUUAGGGAAAAUGCACCGUCUUUCGCUCAGGAUGAAGAUAGAGUAGAGGAACCGAAUAUAGAAGCUAGGAGAUUUUUUGAUAUGUUAGAUGCAGCUAAUAUGUCUUUGUACGAUGGUUGUAAGAAGGGUCAUUCACCAUUAUCAGCUGCAACUAGGUUGAUGGGCAUAAAGACGGAUUGGAAUUUGGCUGAGGGUUGUGUGGAUGCGAUUACUGAUUUUGUGAAAGAAAUUUUGCCCGAAGAUAAUCUUUCACCAGCUUCGUACUAUGAGGUGCAGAAACUUGUAGCUGGGCUUGGCUUGCCAUAUCAAGUGAUAGACGUGUGCAGUGAUAAUUGUAUGAUUUAUUGGAGAGAAGACGAAGGUCGCACUUCAUGUCGUUUCUGUCGUAAACCUCGGUAUCAGGACACUAGUGGAAGACAAGAUUUCAAUUGGGAACCCGGUCUUAGUAAGAGAGUGCGUCUCGAUUUUGACAUUCAAGUCAACAGAUCCUAUGGAAAUCACAUGUACUCGUGGAAGCAAAAGUGGAAGAAUGGCAAGGAAAAGCCAAAGGAUUUAGAGGAAGGAGUUUGGAGAGGUUUUAUUCGCUAUUGGAGUAUGGAGGAAACAGAAGCUACUUCCACGCAAAACUCGAAGAAUCGUAAGAGCCAACGUUGUGGGAAGGGAAUGGCAACCCACAAUGCGGGUUCAAUGUCCUUUAAAAGGCAUGAAAGAAAGAUGGCUAUCAAGAAUGGAGUUGAACCGGAUUGGCUACAAGUGAUGGAAGAAACCCACACUAGCAAGAAAACCGGACAGAUUCAAGACCUUGUUAUCGAAGAGCGGAUCGAGAGGAUUAAGUUGCGAAAGGUGGAUCGGCAGACGCAACUAUCCCAAGAUGGCUCAACGUCUUCAACCGAUAUACCCCGCGAGGAAAUCAACCGAUUGUGUAUCGAGGAGAUUCCCUUAAUCAAGGGCCGCCGACCCGGUUUAGGAAGCCUUGUGUCCAAGGACGGGAGUGUCUCUUCGGUAUUUCCUCGUGACAACGAACUUGUUCAACAAGUUGAAGAUCUUAACCGUGUCAUUAAAGAAAAAGAUGCGGUGGUCGAAGAAUUGAAGCAACAAAAUGUCGAGAUUAAGGAACAGUUCGCCGUGACCCAAGUGACACUCACCAAUCUUCAAACGUUCUUGGCGUCUCAAUUUCCCGGACAGUUCCCUCCACCAUGAUUUGUUCUUUUCUUUUUUUGAACAUUUUCUUUUUGUCAACUAACAUUUUCUGUUUA